AUGAUAUUUUGCUUUAAUGUUGUGCCAUGUCCAAAAAUCAAUAUUGUACUAUAUCGAAAUUUAAUUCGUUGUAUACAUUCUAUUCAACGUUUGCAACAAGGUUCUAGUGGUGGAAAAUCAAGAUUGUCAUAUCCCUUGCAAGCCGUCAAGCAAGGAAAUGCAAAAGAGGUCAAGUUUUUGCCAAAAAAGAAAGUCGUUGAGGAGAUAUCAAUAAGUACAUUUGUGAAAUCUCUCAAAGAUAAUAGAGCCAGAGCUGAGAAGUUGGAAAAAUUGCACGGAAUUGAGCAAGCAGAGGAUAUUUCAAUCAAUUCUAUAGCAUCAAAGCGACGCAAGAACAGUCUCAAAGAUAAAAAUGGGGGUUCAAAGCAUAGCAGGUCUGAAAAUCAACCAGUUAGCAUAAAAGGGCAAAGUAAUAAUCUAGUCCUGCAACAGCUGGAAUUGGGUGAAAGUUCAGCUCCAAAAGAGCAAGCAAUAACUAAUAAGGGGUCUCCUAUUCAAGACAAUGACACCACCACAAGUACAGAUUGGAGUACAUUUCUCUUGGAGGAGUUUCGAGGUUUAAAAAAGAACAAAACUGUUGAUUUAGGUCAAACUCGCACAUUUGAGGCAAUAAUGAGGGAGUAUUCUUGCGAAGCAUUAGUAGCCAAAAAACAACUUGAAUAUAAACAAAAAACGCCGAAUUACAAGAGUUUUAAAUUCUUCAAUUAUGAUCUACUUGAUGCACUUGGCACAGGGAGUAAGCACAAACCAUUGCUGUUAUACCAGUGUUUUGUGAAGAAUGAUUGCAAAAAAAUCCGGUUUCAACAAAUUGAAGAAAGCGAAUUGGUGGUGUUUACAGGAUUCACUCCAGUCAAUGUAUUUGCCGCAAUGGUUUACCUUGAAGACAAAGACUAUGACUACUUAAUACUCAAAUUUCUUACCCCUAUCGCCGACAGAAAUGAGCUUGAGAAAAUAUUCAACAAUGAACUUUUCAUCAACGAGUAUAUUGAAAAAGUAUCACAGUUUUUGUCUUCAAACCAAAUUGCAUUGGAUCUAACAUUAUUUGCACAAGUAACCAAGUCUCCAUUUUUGAUCACUUUACCAAAUAAACUUCCACCUAUUCCCAAAUUCCAUAAUCAAAUCUUGUAUAAGUUUUUUGGAAUAUCAUUGGUUGUGCCAGAUUUUGAAUUGUAUGAGAAAAACAAAACACUCAAGAGACUAGUUGAAAAUCUCGAUGUUUUAGGUGACACAGUUUUAAAGCGGUAUUCAGCCGAGUUUCUAAUACACUAUUCCAAAAUGAAUCCCAAUUUCAAAUGGAACAUGGAUGAUUUGCAUUUUCUCAACACAAACAUUAUAUUCAAUCGUCUUAGUUUAGCUUACAAAUUGCACGAGGGAGUAACAAAUGUCAAAUAUCGAGAAUAUAUGAGGAAAAUCAUUACCGAAAAGAGUCUUGACAUAGCAAAUGAGAUGUUGGGGGACAUUUUUGAAAGAUUGGUAGCUAUUUUGUAUCUUGAUGAACCGGAAACAUGCAGAAACUGGAUGUUUGAAAUUUACAAUUGCAUUUUGGAGAACUUGAAAACGACAAAACAGAAAGUGGAAUUUAUCGACAAGCAAAAGUACCUUACACUUUAUCAGUAUCACUUAAAAAAUUCCACAAUGUAUUAA